AUGGAGACGCGCACACUCAUUCGCCCUAGCAAAUGUACUCUGCCUAAAGAGAAAGUCUUCUCUAUCCAAAUUGGUUCCGAGAUCUUUCGUCUCUCGGGUGCUUCAAUUGCCUCUGAUGCUCCAUCCUACUUUUCACGCUUUUUCGAGGAUCAAUUGCUUCAGAAUGAAGAUGUUGCCAAUAUCAGGACCCUCUAUAUCGAUCGCGAUCCCACAACAUUCCGCGAGAUCGCUAGACAUCUGCAGGGCUACCAUCUCCGGCCCCAGGAUGGCGCGCAAUUCGUGAAGCUAUUCGCAGAUGCGCAGUUCUAUACAUUGCCCCGAUUGAUGUCCCAGCUGUUCGAGUCCGAAUGCUUUAUUCAAAUCGGCGACCGACACUUUCAGAUCCCUCGCGAUAUCUUCUCAGGUCCCGGUGAUUCCCCAAAUUUCUUCACCCUCGGAUUCGCCGCCUUCUUUGCUUCCCCGACUGAAGUGUUCCCGGGCCUGGACCGCCAGGGUCUCUUGCGACCGCCGGCCAUCAUCCCCCCAAGCGUUCCGAACCGAUCUGCAGAUGUCUUUGAUGAGCUCCUGCAUCUGCUGCGCGGGUAUCCCCUGCAUAUUAGAAACGAGGAUCACCGGGCUUCGCUCCUGCGCGACUGUCGUUAUUUCCACCUGCGCGGCUUGGAACAAAAGUUGAUACCGCAUCAGAUAACGACGAAUCCCUUCAGCCAUCGUUCGGAAAUCGUCAUCCGGCUCGAGGAUGUGCGACCGUCUGGGGUUCAGUUUGCCUUUGAUACACUUUCUGGGUCGCCUGCAGUGGGUGGAAUGGUCACAUACACACGCCCCUUUGUUGACGAGAACGCCGCUGAUCUGGUGGUUGAGAUCGGCGACGAGUCUAGUCUGAUCCAUCGGGGGAGCAUGCGUGCUGACUUCCUGGGCCUUGCAAAACAAAGAAUUGCCAGUCUGUUACAGACGGUAGGCAAAAAGAUGAACCUGCCUGAUUCACAUCCACCAAUGGGCCAUGUUCCAAUCAAGGUCCGUGUCGACCGUGAAACUGACCUCACGGUGGAUGGAGAACAGGACCCUCAGCAUUUGAUGAUAUCAAGAGCCAAGGCCGAAUCUGGCGCUGGUGGUGUCCCUCCAGCUAAACGGCCACGAGUCGAUAAUACGGACGAUGGACCCUGGGUUGUUCGGACAGGACAAUGGCGAUUGCAAGUGCAGACAGGGCCUACCGGGGCAUACGAGGUUGUCUUGGUUGCUGUCAAAUUGGACAUAUAUACCAGUUCGCAAGUACGAAACCGGUCAAGGAAAUUCCUUUAG